AUGGCUGCGGGCUCCGAUCCAUUGACUGCUGGCGCUGGCGCGGGAUCCUCCACUGCCGCCGCGGCGACCGCCACAUGGCUGAGAGCGGCCGUUGAACUCUACCGCCUCCUCGCCUCCGUCUAUUACGACGAAACCCAUGAGGCCGCUCAUGCUUCUCCUAUCGCAGAUAUUUAUGUCUACGCGCUGCAAGAGCGUUUGCUCGGCGCUACGUCGCAGCUCCCACAGGCUGCGUCGGGUGACGCCGACGACGACCUCACGCGUGCGUGCUGCAAGGUCGGGGCAGAGCUGUGUCUCAAGCUGGAGAGACUCAAUGCGUCCAGCCACAUCGUCGACGGACAUAUUGGCGGCGCGCAGCUUCGCGAUGAAUGGUGUGUAGAAGAUGUCGAUGCACUGGGAGCCCGGCUCGAUGAGUUGCAACCCUUCAUGUCAAUUCAUCAAUCCUCAUGCCUCGCCAGAGUCACGACGCGAGACCGCGACGACGCCAAGACGACGGAGAGAUCGCUCUCUCGCGACUUGCCUCCUGCUCUACACAAGGACGCCAACCCGGGAGACACCUCAUCCAACCCGUCUGCGAGCAACACCAAGGCUUCCAGCAAUGGUCGGAAGGACUUGUCCCAUCUACCUGCCGCCGUCGUCGAGGCUAUGAAGAAGCCUCGCCCGGUCCCGGCCAGCCUGCUCCACGACUUCAUCCUCGAGAGCCUCGCGUACAAGUCGAUGCACGACCGCGAAGAGGAAGUCGUGCAAGCACACCGCAAGACCUUUGAAUGGGUCUUUACCGACGACGCCAACCGUAGCAGCAGCAGCAUCACUACGGGGGCAAAGAGCGGGCUGUCGACCUGGUUCGCGCAGGACACGCUCGGUCCCAUCUACUGGAUCACCGGCAAGCCGGGCUCGGGCAAGUCGACGUUUAUGCGCUUUCUCUUCCACCACAAACGUACGGCUAGGAACCUGCAAGACUGGGCCGCGGGGUCUGCCGUGCAGACGGCUGGCUUCUUCUUUUGGACCAGCGGCUCGAGGGAGCAGCGCUCGCAGACUGGCCUGCUCCGCUCGCUGCUGCAUCAGCUCCUCAGCGACAACAUGGACCUCAUACCGAGCACUUUUCCGAUGCUCUGGGACAGGCUGCGCGGAAUGUCGACGAAGGAGCGCAUCCUCCUUACGCUGGACUGGUCGGUCGAGGAGCUCAUGAACGCUUUCCACCUUUUACUGGAUGCGGCACUGCCCGCGAAGAAGAUAUGUCUCUUCAUCGAUGGUCUGGAUGAGUUUGACGGUGAUCAUGAGACCAUCAUCAGCUUCUUCCGAGACCUGGGCCAGGGAAAGCACAGCGGUUCGAUCAAGAUGUGUCUCUCCUCACGGCCGUGGGCAGUCUUCGAGGAAGCCUUUGGCCACUCGGUGCCGCAUCUGAGGCUGCAAGACCUCACGUACGACGACAUGCACCGCUACACUAGAGACAGGCUGCGUGAGAGCGCGGCCAUCCAAAACUGUUUCGGGAACGACGUCGAUGUUGAGAAAACAUUCGUCAAGGAGGCGGUCGACCGAGCAGACGGCGUGUUUCUCUGGGUGCGGCUUGCGGCGAACGAAAUGGUAUCCCGCUUCACGACCUCCGACAGCUCGUCGGGCUUGUACGACAUGCUUCGUCAGCUGCCAUCGGAGCUGGACAAUCUAUUUGCAAAGUUACUGUUCGAGGACCAGACUGCGGCGGAGCUGUCCGAGACAGCUGUCAUAUUCGAGCUGAUGUGCGCUCGGGAGCUGGUCGCCGACUUUGUCCGCGACGACUCGGCCAACUCGCUUACAAUCUGGGAGCUUGCCUUUGCGCUGCGCGAGGACGACGACGAGCUGACUAUCCGUUUGGCCAUCGAGGAGGCAUCCGGCGACGUUAUCCGCGACAGGUGCAUCAACACGGUUCAGGCCAUAACCACAAGGUUCGCGAACCUGCUCGACCUACACUCGCCAGGCAGACAAGGGAACCCGCUCGUUCCACGCUCCCACAACCCCAAUCAGCUCGCUCGCGACAUACGGCGACUCCCCGCGCAGCGAGUAACCUACAUCCACCGCACAGUCCGCGACUGGCUCAUGGACGGCGCCAGCGUGCGCGCCCACCUCGCCGCCCACCUCCCAGCCGGCGGGUUCGACGCCCACCUCCGACUCCUGCGCUCCUACGUCCUGCGCCUGAAGCAGCCGCUCGAAGAAAUCGAAAUCCACCGCAGGCUCGACGACUGGUGGCCGGAGAUUGCCCUCGCCAUGACGCACGCGCGGUACGUCGCCGCGGACCCGAAGCGGCUGCAGCGCGCGUUUGUCAACGAGCUCAACGUGACGCUGUCGGGGCUGUGGCGGCGGAAGCCGCAGGAUCCGUAUGAUCAUUGGGCGAGGAACGCGUUUGGCUCGUAUGAGGUGCGGAUGAAGGCGGCGCCGAUAUGGCAGCCGUUUUUGUGCCUCGCGGUGAAGUUUGGCCUCACUGCGUACGUUGCCCAAGAACUCGAGGCGCGACUUGGACACCGAAGUCAGGAAGACCACGAUGACGAUGAAGACGAUACGGACUCCCGACUCGAGGAGCGCGCGGACGCCACGCCGCUGCUCAGCUACGCAACCGAGUUCCUCUGCUCCCGCAACAAGACCAUCUUCCCGCUCUCCGACCCCGCCCUCAUCGCCGUCCUACUGCAUCACGAGACCCGGAGCAACAAAAACCUCGUCAACCCGGGCGUGAACCAUCCUUACACGGACUUCAUGACGCGCGCGCCCACGACGCCCUGGCUCGCGCUGCUGCGGCACUUGCGCGACGCCCGGCGGAGAGACUGGAUCGAGCGAUACGACACGGAUCCAAACGGCGUGGAGCGCUGGGCGCGCAUCGUGAGGAUGUUCAUCGAGGUGGGCGGCGCGGAGCCCGCCGCGGUGGUGGUCAGGGAUAGCUGGGAUCCGGAGAUUUCGGCGUUGGGUGUGCUGGAGCUUCUGGAUGAGACGUAUGGCGCUGUUGAGGUCAAGGAGCUGCGGGAGCUACUGGCUGGGAGGCUUGGUGUGGUGGCAAAGAAGGAGCACAAGUAUGCGCUGCGGCCGAGGAACGCAUAG